CCCCGGUUGCGGCCGCCGCACGACAACCGCACCAUGGUGGAGAUCAUCGCUGACCACCCGGCCGAGCUCGUCCGCACCGACAGCCCCAACUUCCUGUGCUCUGUGCUGCCUUCGCACUGGCGAUGCAACAAGACCCUGCCCGUGGCCUUCAAGGUGGUGGCCCUGGGAGAGGUACCAGAUGGGACUGUGGUUACUGUCAUGGCGGGUAACGACGAAAAUUAUUCUGCCGAGCUCCGAAAUGCCUCUGCUGUUAUGAAAAACCAAGUGGCAAGGUUCAACGAUCUGAGAUUUGUGGGCCGGAGUGGAAGAGGCAAGAGUUUCACCUUGACCAUAACUGUCUUCACAAACCCUCCCCAAGUAGCCACCUAUCACAGAGCUAUUAAAGUUACAGUGGACGGACCCCGGGAACCCAGAAGGCACAGACAGAAGCUUGAUGACUCUAAACCUAGUUUGUUCUCUGACCGCCUCAGUGAUUUAGGGCGCAUUCCUCAUCCCAGUAUGAGAGUAGGUGUCCCGCCUCAGAACCCACGGCCCUCCCUGAACUCUGCACCAAGUCCUUUUAAUCCACAAGGACAGAGUCAGAUUACAGACCCCAGGCAGGCCCAGUCUUCCCCGCCGUGGUCCUAUGACCAGUCUUACCCCUCCUACCUGAGCCAGAUGACGUCCCCGUCCAUACAUUCCACCACCCCGCUGUCUUCCACACGGGGCACGGGGCUUCCUGCCAUCACCGACGUGCCCAGGCGCAUUUCAGAUGAUGACACUGCCACCUCUGACUUCUGCCUCUGGCCUUCCACUCUCAGUAAGAAGAGCCAGGCAGGUGCUUCAGAACUGGGCCCUUUUUCAGACCCCAGGCAGUUCCCAAGCAUUUCAUCCCUCACUGAGAGCCGCUUCUCCAACCCACGAAUGCACUAUCCAGCCACCUUUACUUACACCCCGCCAGUCACCUCAGGCAUGUCCCUCGGUAUGUCCGCCACCACCCACUACCACACCUACCUGCCACCACCCUACCCCGGCUCUUCCCAAAGCCAGAGUGGACCCUUCCAGACCAGCAGCACUCCAUAUCUCUACUAUGGUACUUCGUCAGGAUCCUAUCAGUUCCCCAUGGUGCCGGGGGGAGAUCGGUCACCUUCCAGAAUGCUUCCGCCAUGCACCACCACCUCGAAUGGCAGCACGCUAUUAAAUCCAAAUUUGCCUAACCAGAAUGAUGGUGUUGACGCUGAUGGAAGCCACAGCAGUUCCCCAACUGUUUUGAAUUCUAGUGGCAGAAUGGAUGAAUCUGUCUGGCGGCCAUAUUGAAAUUCCUCAGCAGUGGCCCAGCGGUAUCUGGGAGCCACAUCCCAAAUGUAUCAAUAUAUACAUAUAUAGAGAGAGUGCAUAUAUAUGUAUAUCAAUUAGCUAUCUACAAAGUGCCUAUUUUUUAGAAGAUUUUUCAUUCACUCACUCAGUCAUGAUCUUGCAACCACAAGAGGGUAGACAUUGAGAAGCAGAAGGCCCAAGAGAGACAAUCGUAUUCAGGUUUCAGAUGGUUUUCUAUUUAAACUGUACUUUCACAAACCAAGGAAAAAGGUAUCUUUUGUCAUGUUGUCGUUUGGCCUGUUGCCCCGAAUCACCCGUUCCUAUGCCGACUCAGAGAGGUGGACUCCGGGCUCAGGAGGAAGAAGAGCAAAGCCGCUUCCUCUCUGUGCUUUGAAACCGCACGCCCUCGCGGUUGCCGCUGUGUACGGACCUGUGCCCUCGGCAGACCCGCUUCUAAAGCCCGUCGAGGUGCACGCAGAGGGCACAGAGGUAGGACGGACGCUCCCAAGCCCAGUGCGAGCCAUUCCGAGUAACUGUUCCAAACGGCUCUCAGGCUUGCCGCAAGUUCUCGGCGGCCUGUUUGGUUCAGUGCUGUUGUUGUUUUCCUACUUUUAAGACAGUGACUCCAAAAAUACCGAUCAGGAUAGAUGAUUUGAUUUUACUUUUUUAUACUUUGUUUGUUUCCUUGUCCCAUUUAACCAAAAAGAAAUCCCGUCCUUCAAUCCACCUCCCCCUGCCUCCUUCUCCUUUCUCCUUUUAUGCAAAACUGAAAAUGGCAAUACCUUAUUAUAGCCAUAAUGGUAUAGGUAGUGUUUGUGUUUGGCUGUGUGUUGUUUUCUUUUUUUUUAAAUUAUGAAUAUGUGUAAAAUCUGAGGUAACUUGCUAACGUGAAUGGUCAUAUAACUUUAAAGAUAUAUUUAUAAUUAUUUAAUGACAUUUGGACCCUUGAAACAUUUCUUAGUGUACUGAUAUGUUGACUUCGGUCUCUAAAAGUGCUCUUUAUUAAGUAACAAAUUUCUUCAGUGGGCUAGAGCCAUAUCUGAAAUAUUGCUAAGCAGUUUCAGUUCAGGCACAAUGUGAUUUUCAAAAAUACGUCCAUCUCCAAAUAUUUUAGAUGUAGCUUUUUUUGUGAUGUAUGAAGGAAAUGUUAUGUCUCGUUCUUUCAGAUCUUUGACUGCCUCUAACACAGCUUUGCCUUUUAAAGCAAUAAUUGGGGAUUUUAAAACCAACUCUUAGCCCUUUAUCAUUUAUGUUGCCCUUUAUCAGCAUGAAAUGCUGGAGUGAUGUGGUUUCCUAAUUUCUUUCAAAUGACAAUGACUCUUGUCAUACUAAAAAGACAAGCACAAGCGAAUCAUUGAACUGCAGAAAAACGUUCUGUGGUUUCAUAGUUAAAGCAAAACUCUAAAGCACCAGGCUUCAUAGUAAAGACGUAGCGGAAAGCCACACAUGUGGCUUGAAGGGUCAAUCAGGAUGCACUUAGUACAGGAAAAGCCAAAUUGUGCCAGAGAUUCUUAACCCACUGGCCUUACCAAAUAGUGUCAGGAGAACCCAGAGCUGCCUUCUCAGAGGCCCCGCUGGCAGCUCUCUACCAAAUCUUUACUUAAAGGGGCAGAUUAAGUCAUUGUCUUACGGGGAAGCGGGUCAUCCAAAGUAGCAGGCCAGUUCCCCCAGAUAGCCGGUCUGAGAGAACACCUGGCCUGUGGGGACCCAUAUCCACCCCUUUUGGGUCAAGGGAAGGCAAGGCCACGUGAGGUUUGGGGUCUUACUCCUGUACACGAAUCUGAGCAGAAGCCCUCCCGUAGCAUACACCCUGGAGACCACGUGGCAAAUUCUCAAGCAUGAAUACUUAAUCCAAGCCAGGAUCAUUUGAAUGACACCACCGGGCAAAUCCCUGCCUGUUCCUCCACAGGUCCGGGCCCCUUCCUUUCAAUCCUGUGCCCCUCCGAGCAGAACUCUGUCAAGAUCUGUCUCCAGCCCCUCCAGGCCCCUGCUCUGAGGUCCCUCCCAAGCCCACCUCACCGGCCGCCACGCCUUGCAGGGAAAGUGUGGGGGCCCUGGGCUUCUCGCCUGGGGGCCUCCCUUGCAGUCCCCCAACUCCUCCCAACAAAAAAUCGAGGGCAGAAUAAAGCAAAACCAAACAAAAUAAAACACUUUGCCUUCUAAAGGUUGUAUACCAAGUAUGCUUAGAUAAAUAAGCCACUUUUCUAUUAACUAAGAUGAAAGUAGGAACUGAUACUAUUUAUUGUUUGUGUGUGGCAGCUUGAAGCCCGCCACUGUCCAUUUAUUUGUAAGUGUAAAAUAUGUGUGUGUGUUUCAGCAGCACUUAAAAAAGCCAGUGUCUGGUUACACAUUUCAAUUUUAAUUAAUUGACAUAAAAAUGUUACCGCCAGUGCCAGCUGUAAGCCUAUUUAAUAAAAAAAAAAAAGGUACUAUAUUUGUACGUUAUUUUUUAAUGUUAAAAGGGCUUUUUUAAGUUUACAGUACACAUACUAAGUGACUUUUAGGGAUGCUUUUGUGUUGAAAUGUUAUUAGAGUGGCUGCAGGCAGCAACCCAGAAACACUUUAAAAGGUUUUUUUUUGUUGUUGUUUUUUUUUUUGUUUUUUCCCUGGGGAAACAUUCAAGGACUUCUCCCCUCCCUCCAACCACUCCAAAGGGGUAAGUCACAUUUCUUAGAUCGAAUUCCGCCCUUUUUUAAAGCCUGGGGGUUAAAUUUUUCUUUUUCGUUUCCUUUUUUCUUUUUUUUUAACCGAACCCUUAAUUUGCACUGGGUCAUGUGUAUGAUCUGUGAUUUGAAGACCAAAGCAGAGCCUUACAACCACCACCACCACCGUGAGACCAUGUAGUCGCAAACACUCUGUUUUUCCUUCAGGUUAAAAAAGAGCCUGGUUCUUUAUAGGGCCAGUGCCACUGGCGUUUGCGGUGUGACCAACGCAGACGCGUGUAUCUGUUUGAGUUGUCUCAGAAUUUUAACCUCUGCCGGGGUCCCAGAACAGGUACCACAGCGUUGGUUUUGGAUGAAGGAAGUGACAUCCAGCCUGGAACCAGGAGACUCAACAGAUGGGCUGCUGUGUGCUCUUUACACAGUCUUGCCCCACCAGGGCCCUUUGCAAGGACGCUGAGAAAUACACACACCGCUAGGGACCAUCCAUUGCAAACUCAGAGGGGAGGAGACGUGUGUGCUGGCUUAGAGUUCCCUUCGCUCCCUGGAGAGGGGACUGACUCAGAGUCUAGGUUAAUACAUGGAGACACAGAGCAUGAGCGAGAACAAGAAUUACUUCUAGGCUAUUCGAAAGAACAAUAAUAAAUAAAAUAAAGGCGACUCUUCCAAACCUUGAA